GUAUUACAUAGGCAGCAAAACCCAAACCUGCAUUUGUCCUCCAGAGUACAAGGGCAGUCGGUGUGAAUACCUGGCGCGCCCGGAACAAGUUUUAGACUGCAACCAGCUGAACUGUACCCAACACUGCACCGAGGCUGGGCCACAGCCUCACUGUGAGUGCAAUCCCGGCUUUAGACUGGAUGAUGACUGGCCGCACCUGUUCUCCCGCAAGUCGCACCCGUUUUCUUGUGCAAGUUAAACUUUACGACCGCAAUGUUGACCUGGCACGGUUGGAUUCAAAGAGCCGUUCACAGCUGCAGGCAGGCCUGGAAGAGGCGUUGAAGUCCCUAUUUGCCAGCCACACCAAAGCAUUGGACAACUUGGCUGUGCUCGAGUUUAUGGCAAAUGCUGUGGUCCAGUUCCACCUGUUUGGCCGUCAAGAAGAGCGAUCCACCGUCGAGUCAGUCCUGGAGGAAGCGCUCAAGGGAGGCAAACUUGGUCCCUUUGCCGUUGACCGGGAGUUCCUGCAGAUCAGCCAAGAGCCUGCAAUGCACAUAGAGAUGAUGCAAGUGUCUCCACGCACACCCCGUGUUGGCGAGGAACUGAUGGUGGCCUGCAUGGCGGUCGGCUCGAGCGCCCUGUCCGUGCACUGGUUCAAGGAUGGCUUCCCCGUGGAUCCCGACGUUCCAUUCCGCUCCCUGUGGACCUCUCGUGUUGCCAAGAACCAGCGAGACCAGUACACCCUCCUCCUGGGCAUUGAUCGUGCUACAACCCUCGACAGCGGCGUCUUUACAUGCCAGGUCAGUGACUGGGGAGCGGUGCAGAACAAGAGCAUGCGGGUGCGCCUAGACGUAGCGCCACGACCCCUGGUGUCACCGCUGGCGGUGACACUACUCGAGGGCCAACCGCUCGAGCUGAGCUGCCUGUCCCCCCACGCGGGGGCCUUGGGUCCCCUGGGUUUCCGGUGGCUGCGCAACGAGCGUCUCUUGCCACCCCGAAGCCCAGAGCUCACCGAGGACCUCUACCCAGCUGGCUCGCGUCUCGUCUUGGCUGAAGCCCGGUCAUCAGCCACUUACACCUGCGUGGCGACGGGCCCCCUGGGUUCGGGUCGUGCCGAUGCAUUCGUCACGGUGCUUGCACCACAUGUGUCAACGGAAGUCUGUCCAGCGGAGGAGUCGCACAAUGUCCAGUGGCAGCGCACUGCAGCCCACUCGCGGGAUGUCCAGGCAUGUCCACAGCCACUGUACGUGGAGGGUCGGCUGGAGCGCCCCUGUCGUCUAUCGCUGGACCGCCAGGCCCUGUGGGGGAGCCCGGAUUUCUCAGGGUGCACUGAUGCCAGGCUGGCGCAGCUCCAGUGGAAGCUGGAGAGCAUGCGCAUGGGCUACCUGGUCUCCUCGGGGCAGCAGCUGUCUCUGGAGUUGCGGCAGUAUCUGCAGGGGCGGCCACUUCAGCCUGGUGAGGGGCGCCCUCUGGUAAGGUUCCUCGGAGGCCUCGUCGACUACCUGAGCCACCCAGUACUUCGGCAUGGGGGACAACCAGCGCUGGCUGCGACUGACGCUAUUUGGGACGUUGCUUCACAUUUGCUGGCCCACAAGCCGCUGUUGUUGCAAGAUCACACGGUAAUAGAUCAACUUCAAGAUCACAUCUUGCGGUUUGGGCUCCUGGCUGCAGCGGCGCUCAGCCCUGGCCGCUUCAAGAAUUUCGACAGGCCUGCUGUGGUGGUGUCCCUCGGACGGAUAACUCGGCACUCUCCAGAUGCGGCUGUGGUUCGUGUUCCUCUGCCUGGCGCUGCAACUUCCGCUUGGGCCGGGAACUCCCUGGAGCUCAGCAUGAAGCCUGAAAGCCAAGGUGAUCACAAGGAACUCCUGGUUGUGGUAGCUCUGUUCAAAACACUCAACGAGCUGCUGCCUGAGCGUUUCCUCGCACAACAAGGGAACCUUGAAGAAAGGUCUCACGAACUUCACUCACACCUCAUCAGCGUGGCCUUCAGUAGCAGUGAAGGAGUUGGCAUUCGAGUCCAGUUGGUUCAUGUCAGACCGCUGGCUGACCAAGAGGUUGUCUGUGGCAUUGCUGACCUUUCACACAGCAGGGUCCACUUCCUCCUUGACGGGUGCCGUGCUGAGACGCCAGGGCUCAACAGGAGCUACACCUGGUGUUCGUGCGACCGGCCGGGCACGUACGCGCUGCUGGUUGGAGAAGAACCAAAGGCCGAGUUGCUGGAAGGCCAAGUGGUAGAUGUGGUGGCUGGCCUCGGCUGCGGCGUCUGCCUGGUGCUGGUGCUGCUCACCCUCGCUGUGGUUCUGGUUCGGUGCUGCCGUCGAUUGCGCAGCCAGGGCUCUUGCUGCGGUCUGGACACGCUGCACGCCCAGGUUUGCCUGGCCCUGUGCGGUGCGUGCGUCGCGCUGCUCCAGGGUGUGCAGGGAAAGCUGUCCGCCAGGGCGUACCCCUACAUCAUCUCCAUCCUGCAGCUUUGCCUUCUGGCGGCCUGCUGCUUGCAGCUCUGCAUUGCGCUCGUGCUGUACGUGCAGCUCGUGGACGCCCGCACUGUGCACUACGCUGCAUUCAAGGUUGCCGCCCUGGGCUGGGCCGUGCCAGUGAUUGUGGUGGGAGCCAACCUGGCAGCCCAGGUGCUGGAAGGUUUUCGCCUCGAGAGCUGGUGGCUGACGUUGCGCACACCCUCUGGACAUCUGUCCAACUACUUCUGCGCCUACGUGGCCUCCCUCGCCAUCAUCACAGCUCUUCAUUUCCUGCUGUUUCUGACCGUGCGUGGAGAGCUGCGGCGUCAGCGGCUCAUGGGCAUUUCCAAGAAGCAGGCUUCCAGUAGUCGGUCAAGCGUCCUGGUUGGUUCCAUGCUUGUGCUGGUGGCACUGCUGGUGGUGUCACUAACCAGCAUCUUGUACAUCAACAUGGAGGGCUCCCGUCUGCGCUCCUAUGUGCUCGCCACUACCUUGGGCCUUCUGGGCCUGCUAGUGUUCUUCCUCUAUGUGGUGGCAGCCAGAGAAAAGCAGGCACCCUCGCCAAGCUUGCCGACCAGAAGUAGUGCCACCAAAGGCUUGGCAGGUCCAACAGUCCUGGCGACCGUGAUGGGUCGUGAUGAAUCAGAGGGGCUGCUGGCUCAGGGAAACGCAGGGCUAGAUCUGCCACGGUUGGAGGAGAGCCCCCAUGGUUCUCGGUCACAGAUCUUUGAGGCCAAAAACGAGGACGAGGAAUCAUCUCAGCAGCAGUCGGAUCCUUCCUUCACGGUGACCGCUGUCUGAUUGCCGUCCGCCAUGUGUGUGUGUUUGCGCACCAGCCGUCACCGCGGCCAUCGAACAAAAGAAGGAAAAACAUUCAACGCACAGAACAGUCCUUCCCACAACUAAGCCACAUUUUAAUCACUCCAUCGUCGUAAAGCAUUACAUCAGAAAAGUCAUUUGCUCACCAUUCAUCGAAAACACUGCAGUCUUUGCUGACGGCAGCAGUAUGCAUUCGCAGUGUUUUUUUAGCUCAGUGUAUGGAACUGCCUUUUUGUUCAUUAGCACCCACAAAACUGUUACACCUUUCAGAGUGUCUGUUUGUUUGUACUGCGACAAUAAUUGCCAUCAUCUGAGAGUUGUGGGUUGCUUUCCUUUCAAUAAUGUUGUGUGUAUAUGUGAGUGUUACUGACAAGAAAGGAGUAGUCACAAGAUGCUUAAGAAGGGAGAUGCGUACAACUACAGGGAGGAUCGAGUACACCUCAACAGAUGCAACAUCUUUUAGAUUGUGAACGGAGCACUGACACAGUUGCGCCUUGCGGAAAGGUGCCCCUGGAUAGUAGCGUGCAGAAAGUAUACUGCAGUGACGAGCUGCUGCAAAAGCAAGAACUUCGAUUUCACUACGACGGUGAAAUUUUUAAUAACUUGUUCUUAACUUCAUAACUAUUCUACUCUAGGUUUUAUUUGUAUACGGCAAGAGCAGGCCUCACGUCAUUUUUUAUCAAACCAAGACUUUUUAUCCCACUUAAAGUUUACUUAAAAACAUGCAAGAUGAUAUCUGCAGAUUCUUGUUAGUUUUCUUUCCAAUAUAUUUUGUAACUAGUUUUUAGCUUUUCCAUCGUUUUCUAGCCUAGGCCUCAUUCUUACGGCAAGAACAUGCCUCUCACUGUCUCUUAAUCAAAUGAAGACUUAGUUUUUCUCAUUGAAGCUAAUUGAGUACACAUUGCAUAACACGCGAAACUUUUUUAAGGCAGAGUUACUUUCUCCUCAUAUUACCACACAGUUCACACUUUUUCUUAAUGCAUUAACAUUACAUUACAUCCAUUUAAUGCAUCUUAAUGCAUUAGCAUUAAGUAGGUGUCAUGAGCAUUCACACUAAUGCAUCAUUGUCAGCGUCUAGUCUUUAUCGUUUGGCCACCUCGUGCUGUUGUUAGAGUGGCCAGCUGAGCGACUGUGUCAGUGUUCCUUCUGGCGUUAGCGUUACCCAAUACCACUUGUCCGUGAGAAACAGAGACUUAAGGCUCGACUUAAUAAUUACCACAGUCAUGACUUUAAGUCAAGGUAGCUGGGUGUGUGGUUCAGCGCCCGUGUUUUUGCAACACAACUUGCCACUCUGGGGCCACUAAUUUUGUGCUCAAUUUAGUGCACACUCAUGUAAUCACCAUCAAGGCUGACACCCCCACCUUUUGCCAUAUAUUCAUCAGUGAGUGUUGUUAACUAUUGUGUGCGCCCACUUUGUGAGUUGUGAAGGGGGGAUGAAGACAUCUUCAUUUUCAUUGAGUGCAUUUUAUCCAUGCAAGUUUGCACGUGCAAAGUCUGUGGAAUGCGCAAACAUUUGCCAUCCUUCAAGCGAAGUGGUUGUUAUUAAUUCCUGUGCGGCUUUAAACACCUCUUGUCUAUUCAUUUCUUGAGAAGCUCUUUGGCUGUUAGUUUUCAUGUUUGACAGUGCUUACUAUUUCAUGUCAGUUUGACAGACUUGCCUGUUCUGGCCUUUUAAGUUCCUCCAGAAGCACAGUUGUAGGCCGUAGAGGUUGUUGGCCGUGCUGUUUUCUUUCAGUGCUUUUUGAAAUUGUGAUUGUUCAAAGUGAUGUCUCAAACUACUUUGUGGAAGAAGCUGUUUGGGUUGUUUUGUUCGCCAAAAACUACUGCAGCAUCUUUUGCAACUAUGUUGACUGAAAGAAAUUUGACGUCUCUUCAGUCCUCCCAUGUAGGCUUGUCUUAUCACAGUGCGAGUUAGCGUUGUUGUAUUUAUUAUACUGCCAUGUUAUUUAUUUAAGGCACGUGCAAAUCGCAGUUGCCCAUUAUUUGUAUCCAAGUUGUUCUCGCCGAUUUUAUCAUGUACUGUGAUGCUUUUAAAAACAUGACGGCAUCUUACGUAGUGUCGCUUACUGGUGGUAUGUAACACAGUGGGGGGGGGGGGGGCAGUUGAGAUGCAUUGUUGCUGUUUUUCUCUUGCGCUUUACUCGCUGCCCACUGACGUAACAUUGGCAUUGACUGCGCUGAACGAACCACUUGUUAUGUUUUGUGAUUAGCUGUGCAAAGAAUUGUUUCAAAGUUAUCAUUUAUCUCUUCUCAGGGAGGGCCUUGUUCACUGCUGUACAGUACAGCCCACUGAUAGAGGGAACACUCAGUUGGUAUUUCGCUACAAAUUACAGCUCAAUUUACUGAAACGUUCCGUAUGCAGUCCAGCAAUUUCAUAUAUUUUCCGUUCGCUUUCUGUAUAAUUUUUACGGAAUCUAUUACUAAAUGCUUCAGUAGGGAGAUUAUGGCAUGAAGGCAUAGACUAUUUUUGAUGCAUAGAUAUCAGCUUAAUGAGUCCUGUGAGAAAUGUUUUUCUCCACUAAAGUAGAAGUGUUCCAGUUUCAUUGACUUCAUUACCAGCUGGGUAUUCUCAUUAGCAGUGGACUGGGCUGCACCAGACUACUGCUGUCCACAUUGGAAUGUGUUCUCAGCUUUCACAACCUGGAAGCACGUGCAUUGUGUGUUACAAGACUUUAUUGAAAACAUGGCCAUUUUAACAUCUCAUUGUUCUCCAGCUAAAGUACAGAACGGUAGAAAUUGAGGGCGAGUGUGUAACGUAUGUUUUUAGGUGGAGGAUUUCUUACACAGUGGUUUUAGUUGCUGUCUUUACCCUGUUUUAAUGGCGUAUUUAUCUGCUAGACCACAACUCCAGGGGAAUUUCUUUUUUUCGUAAAUGUCUGAUCAACCAUACUAUGUAACGUACGUGUGUGAUCACUUGUGCAAUGUUGGUGGGCUGCCAACUGUUCCACUUUUUUUUUCGACGUGAACAAUCCUUUUACGGCUGCUGCGGCUCAGCGGAAAAAAUGUCUAGUCAUGUUGCGAAUGCAACUGCAUUUUAAAAAGUUUUUUACAACCAUCAAUAAACGUAGGUUGACAAUGAA